CUGUUGCACGGAAGCAACAUAAAACAAAAAUAGUGGAACAGCCACGUCUUCGUCUUCCACCGUCCUCUACACAGCGCCGCGUCCCUCUUAUCCGGUGCCGGACUGCAGAGGCUGAGGUCCGUCUUAUCCGCCUGCGCGCUACUGCAGCACAGCAGAACAGUGAGCGUGUCCUCACCGCACCCCAGGACACAUGCCAGUUUCAUAUUCCCAGUAUAACCACUCCCUUGCUAGUCCACUGCACUGGUUAUAAACGUCGGCUUUUGUUGCAGUAGGUAGCUUUCUAAGUAGAAAAGUUACCCGCGAUGGAUUCUAAGCGAGAUAAAGACCAAGAUGCAGAAUUUGAGAAGAUAACCCCUGUCCUGCUCAAGUCACGUACGGGAGAGUUCGAUUUGGAGUCAAUAUUAUUUCUGAAAUUGAGAGGUCUUGGUAUACAUGAUCUUGGAUGCAUUGGAGAAUGUAUCAAUGUGGAGAGACUGGACCUCUCUGGAAAUAAUAUUGCAAAUUUAGCUCCUCUAGCAUCUCUUCGGCUUCUUUCUGUGCUUAGUUUGUCUGCGAACAGGAUCUCCAAUUUAGAGCCCCUGCGCAGUUGUGACAGUUUACAGAACUUAAACAUGGCUGGUAAUAUCAUACCCAGCAUUGAGAGCCUUCACUGCCUUCAGUCUUUGAGAAAGCUUGAAAAUAUACGUCUUAAAGACAACACUUACAAUUACACUAAUCCAGCUUUCUCUGUUAGGAAUGCAUCAUAUAGAACCAUAGUUCUUGAGAUGUUCCCCAACCUCAAGGUACUGGAUGGUGAAAGAGUGGUUGGACGUGGGAGUGACUUGUACCAGUUAUGCAAAGACAUUGAUGACACCAUCAAAGCUGGUUUAUACAAGAAUGGACAGCUUAUUGAACAUCCUGAUUGCAAGCCAUGGGUGGAAGAUAGUUACUGGGAGAUAAAGAGAUCAAACAGUGCUAUUAUUGAAGAAGCCUACAAACAAUUUAAUGAUGUUCUUCAUGAAUGCAGGCUCCUCAACAACAGAGCCAUUCAUGUCAUUUCACAAACCGAGCGAUCUAUGAGCCUGAAGAAGCAGCCAAAGCAGUAUGCCAUCUGAGUUGGGCUAAUUUGGUCACAUUUGUGUGCAACAUUUGGCAACUUUUUUGUUGUAUGAUAUACAUGGCUAAUGUACUGUAGGUUUUGCAAAGUACUAAGCUGUAUCCAAAUGCUUGAUAAUUAUCAUUGCCAGACAUGCUCUGUGUUGCAGUGUGAGGCAUUUCUUCACAUUUUAUUGCACCCUAUGCAUUGGGUAUCUUAUGAUACAUGCAAGUGGUUUGAAAACCUUUAUCCAUGCUGACAUCCCUCAGUUUGGUUCAGAGAUGUCUUUACUUGCACAGUGUGCAUUUUUGUACCAUGUUGUAGCCUGCAUUUAUGCUAAGAGCUAUGCUGCUUAAGAAUUUCUAUAGGUUUUCUGUGAAUAAGAGCUUUUUUAAUUUUGCAUUGCUGGAUAAUUUUGGGAGUUUAUGUACCCCAACCGUUGCCCUUUCUUUGUAAGGUGAACAUUUGCAAAAUGUGAUAAAUUGUUUCAGCCAUUUCUACUUGUUUUAUACCAUAAAAUUUAUUUUAUGUACAAUUCAACUUGUGGAAAAUGUAGUUCUUACAGUGAUGGAAAGUGAACUUCACAUCUAUGAUUUUACUCAUCUGCACAGUCUAUUGUAAUACUGGUACAUAGGCUACCACACACUGCCACACACUGCACAU